GACCCGGACCGUAAUAUACACUCAGCCUCUGGACCCGGACCAGACCGGUUAAAGCCCGGUUUAGAGCCCGGCUGAUGGCGGACGAGGCCGCGCGCAGGGCCGCGUCGCAGCUGCCGCUGCUGAAGACGCACGCCGGGCCGCGGGAUCGCGCGCUGUGGCCGCAGCGGCUGAAGGAGGAGUACCAGAGCUUGAUCCGCGCCGUGGAGCAGAACAAGGCGGCGGACUGCGACUGGUUCCGCCUCGAGUCCAACGCCGACGGCACGCGCUGGACUGGCACGUGCUGGCUCAUCCACGAGCUGCUGCGCUACGACUUCCGGGUGGAGUUCGACAUCCCGGUGACGUACCCGGACACGGCGCCAGAGGUGGCGGUACCGGAGCUGGACGGGAAGACCGCGAAGAUGUUCCGCGGCGGGAAGAUCUGCCUCACGGAGCACUUCGCGCCGCUGUGGGCGCGCAACGCGCCGCGCUUCGGGCUCGCGCACCUGAUGGCGUUGGGGCUCGGGCCGUGGCUCGCCGUGGAGGUCCCGGAUCUGAUCAGCAAGGGGAUCGUGGUGCACCGGGAGCGGCAGGGCGACGCGGUGGUGGCCGAGUGACGUCACCGGGAGCGGCAGGGCGACGCGGCGGCGGCGGCCGAGUGACGUCACCGGGAGCGGCAGGGCGACGCGGCGGCGGCGGCCGAGUGACGUCACCGGGAGCCUGAACUGACUGAAACUGUUUCAGAGUAAAAAGAUGAACCGUCUGAUGGAGAGAUGAUGAAAGAUAAAAGAUGAAUAACCUGACGUCAUUAGAUGUGUUGGAGAGGUUUGAGAUCAUCUGUGUAAUGUGUUAUAAUAAAUAUAAUAAAAUAUAAAAUAACA